AGUUUUUUAUCUGCAUUAUACAGGUGCGUCGCUAUUGAAGUAUUACGUUGCCACCGGUGCCUACUCAGGGCCGACACUGUCUGCCCUGAAGCGAUAUUCGCUUGCGAUGGCGUCGAGGCGCAUACGUUCUGCGCCUCGUGUGCCGAUGUGAUUGGCUGGUUGCAAAAUGAACCCCCGCUACUUUGCCCCUUUUGCGGGAUGAUUGUUUUUCGCUCCAGGGUGCUGGAGCGAAUGGCUUUUUUGGGAGAAAGAAGACGCCAAGAAAUGGAGAGGAUGCCUGGCCCUCCACCCUUAAUCCCAAUUCAGGAGAUCCCGAACUUCCAAGACGUAAUCUCCAUCGGAUCCAGCGAGGAGACAGCGGAAUUCCCACACCAUGGCGGGGAAGUUAGACCGGGUUCGCCAAGCUCGGGGAGUAGCACCGUAAGCUACAUUUUCGAGUUGCCGCCUCCCUUGGAUCCUGAGGAGUCGCUCGAUUCGGGAUAUGGACACGAACAUAUUUAAAAAAAGUACGAGCGGGUAUUUCCACGAUAACGCUGACACCGUUAAAUUUCUAAUUUUCUUUUUUCAGAUUCCGGAAUAUAAAUAUUUACUCGUUACCUCUCGUGUUUUAUUUCCUCUGUCCUUGGUGCGCAAUAAAAGCACAGUUUGUACCCGCGAGGGUACACAUUCGCAGAAUUAUAUGUUUUUAAAAUAAAUGUUUUGGUCAAUAUUCACUAGGUGGGGUUACCUUAUUCAAGAAAAUCUUAUUCCAAGAGGGGACACUAGUUUACAUUCGAACCGCUAGAGGGUGCAGAUGGUCACGCGAACAAUAUGAUCAAGUCUCAUUGACGCCAUUGCUUUUCUUAGGGGUGGGAAAAUAUCU